UCCGUCGGGCAUCAAGAUAAUGCGAGAUGUGCGAAUUGAGGAAGCAGGCGCAGGACGAAAUAGAUGGCGACAAUCUGGAUAGGCGAGGAAGGCACGACCGAGAAGGUUAAUUCCUCCAAGACAGGGGAAACGGGAGUCAGAUUGGAUUUGCGGACCCUUGGACUUGGUUUGGCAGCGUGGCAGAGAGUUUGAGCGUUAGCAUGGCCCCGGCUCGCUCAUCGAUUCAGGCGAACGCGCGCUAUGAGCGUCUUUUGGAUGAUGGCUCAAUACUACCGGCACCUCAGACCAGCUGCUUGUUCGUCAUUGCCAGACUGCGGUACUUGGACAUGGCCGGCCCUCAGCAUUCGGCGCCUGUCAAUUUUGCGUCUGUUUUCCGUCCCAGUUCAAGAAGCAGCAACGUAAACACAUCGCCGUUCGCACCUUCCCCGAACACCGCAGCCACGACGACUCCCAAGACAAGCAGACGCUUCGCCUCGCUCAGAGGGCUGCAUGACCGCACAAACUCAUCGCGUCUGAAGAAGCAGCAGCAGCAGCAACAGCAGCAGGCGCCUGCCCGGCCCUCGACGUCGGCGUCGACGGUGCGCUUCCAGAAACAAGACGAACUCGGCGACAUGAUCGAUGCCACCGGGCCCAAGUCACGCCGUGAGCGCACGCUGAUCGGCACAGAGUGUGCAGCAUGUGAGGAGCCGCUGGAGCACACGUUGCGCGGCGAGCGCAUUCUGCAGCUGUCGUGUGGCCAUGUCGCUCACGAAGCUUGUUUCUACGAGUUUAUCAAGGAGUUUGAGUCGCAGGAAUGCCCUUCGUGUAACGCUCCAUUGGGGCUCGACACCAGCCGCGGCGGAAACCUAAACUUUGCAAAACUCAACAACCUGGUCAACAACCGUAGCACAAACAGCCCCGACUUGCGCGACCGUACGCGGGACUCGGACAACACUCCCACGCCGUGGGACGACCCGCCUCGCCAAACUCACCACAGCCAUGGCUCGGUGCAAACCGCCAUCCUCGACCCAAGCCCGCGUCCACCCACCCAGGCCAGCUUCACUCGCUCUCAUCACCACAACAACAGCGUCAACACCCACAACACCCAUCACAACAGCAUCAACACUCACAACACUCACAACAGCGUGCAAACCAGAUCGGUCGAGUCACGUCAGCAUGAGAGAAACAACAGUCAAGCGACAGACGAGUCUCGCAAUCGCAGGAUCGAAUACGACCUCCAGUCCAUCGCUGCUGACAUUCCCAGCCCACGUCACACCGUCAAGAAUCCCAUACCCGCCCCUACUGUCACUGUCCGCACCGAGUUUCCCACUCUCAAUCGAAGUCGUCAGCAGCAAAGCUUGACUUGCUUGGUCACAGUCGAGGUAGUUGACGGAAAAUGGCGUCCUGAUCCCGAAGACAUCGUUUCUCCAGCUACCGACAACAUCGAUACCAUGUCAAUGCCCCGCUCGCCUGAGGCUCAACGCCAAUUCGACCUUCCGCACACCCCUUCGCACGUCUUGGACCGUGUCACUGAAGAUUUGCACACAAAGGUUGACAAUUGGCACGGACUGGACUUUUCAAGAUUCGGCAGACUUCUUCUCCAUGGCACCAUUCGUGUAGGCAAAGACCGCCAAUCUUGGCAAGAUCUGGAGUGCUACCUUUUCACUGAAAUGCUCAUAUGCAUCAAGGAGAAGAAGCCUCAGAACCAGUGGGAGACAGCGUCUGAGUCUGCCAAGAUGAGAACAAAGUGUACCCUCAAAGGCUCCAUCUUGAUCAAGAGACACCUCAAGCAGGUUCAAUUCGUUCCUGAGCACGAUAUUCUCACUCUCAAUCUCUCAGUCGCCGAGCUACCACACUUCCAUCUUCAAUUCCGCGAUAGAUCACAAUUGGAUAUCUGGAGACGCGCCCUCAUCAGUAUCAACAGUCUCGAGUUAUCUGAAAGCGACGAAGAUCUCGAGACCUCGGGGACAGAUGAAGACGAGCUCGCAUCAAGAGGUGGUAGACGGUCCUCCAUACCGUCAUCUUAUGGUGCUCCCAAGUCUGCCUACACUGCACCCACCGAGUACACCAGUCCUACUUUCCGCGGUACACAAGGAUUCAGGCUUCCUGUCACAAUCCACGUUCCCCUAGACAUUGUGGUUGUCAUCCCCAUUUCUUCAUCCAUGCAAGGUCUCAAGAUUUCAUUGCUACGCGACGUCCUGCGUUUCCUGGUGAAUAGUCUCGGUGAGCAGGAUCGUAUGGGUCUUGUAACCUACGGAUCUAGUGGAGGUAGCAUGCCUGUUGUGGGCAUGACUUCCAAGAAAUGGAACGGUUGGUCAAGAGUUUUCGAAGCCAUCAAGCCCAUCGGCCAGAAGAGCCUUCGCGCUGACGUUGUCGAUGGCGCGAACGUGGCCAUGGAUCUUUUGAUGCAAAGAAAGGCGACCAACCCCAUCUCUGGCGUCAUGCUCAUUAGUGACUCCACAACAUCCGACAUCGAGAGCGUCGAUUUCGUCGUCUCACGCGCUGAGGCUGCAAAGAUCGCGAUUCACUCUUUCGGUCUAGGUCUUACACAUAAACCUGAUACGAUGAUCGAGCUCUCCACUCGUACCAAGGCAACAUACACAUACGUCAAAGAUUGGAUGAUGCUCCGCGAGUGCGUGGCUGGCUGUCUGGGAUCUCUGCAAAGUGUUUCACACCAAAACGCUAAACUGAGACUCCGCUUGCCGGAGGGUUCGCCUGCUAAAUUCGUCAAGAUUAGCGGUGCCCUUCAAAUCACAAAGCGUGCCACCGGUCGCGAUGCUGAGGCAUCAUUAGGUGAUCUGCGAUUUGGCGAUAAGAGAGAUAUUCUUGUACAGUUAGCCAUCUCACCCGACAACUCAAGUCCCGAACAGGAUCUGCAAGACCCUUGGGAGACUAUCGUCUCUGGACUCGAGGCAUUGGGCGGACCUCUUGAUCAAGAUGAUAUGCGCCCGGUAUCUGUCGAAGAAGUCCCGCUCAUUCAAGCCGACCUCGCGUGGGGCGACAUUUUGCGCGAAGGCAAUGUUUCUCAGCUACCUCGUCCAUCACUUCUCGCAAUCACCAUGUUACCUCCAGUCUCGAAAAAGACUUCAGUGGGCCGCACAUUGACUCCAGCAAUCCCACCUCAUCCGUCGGUCGUUCAGCGCCGCAUGGAGUUGUUGACUUCCGACAUGCUCACCAGAGCUUUGACGUUGGUGUCAAGAGGUCAGCAUGAGAGAGCCUCGCAUCUCCUUACAGAGACUCGAAGCAUCUUGAAGGGUCUUGGCAAGGGAGGCCUCCCUCCACUUCCACCACCUUCGGCGCCCCCAACUGCUCGUCUGCCGCCAACUCCUACGGCAAGCAUUCACAGUAACGGUAACGAUGGUCCCGCUUCUGGCCUUCCUUCAGGUCCGCCGGCUGGUCCUCUACCGCCACCUCCCAUGUUCAUGGGAGCACCGCCUUCCACGGAGCCAAGACGUACACCUACACCACCUCGUCUUGAGCCCAUGAGCCCUUUCACACCUGCUGCCGGUAUCGACGCUGAUAUCAUGUCAGCACUCGAUACUGAGCUCGCCUCAUCUCUGGAAUGGAUCAACCACCCCGCCGUGUUUGGUCGCGACAGUCGCAAAGCUGUAUUGCAGGCCAUUGGUGUUAUCAGCAGUCAACGCGGUUUCACCAUGCGCACACCGGCCGAGAGCCUCUGGGCCACACGUGUUCCUGGUACCAGACGUCUGAACGACCGUAGUCGCGAGUGGCGCGAGACUGGAGACGAGCUCCUCGCCGAGGAGACUUAAAAAAGCAAUACGUUGCUAACUUCUAACGACGACUUACGAUUUUCAUUUCCCUUCGCCUCGAUUUAUUCCAUAUCUUUCUUACAUUCUUCUAAGAUAUCCACCUUCUUCUUUUCAUUCUUGUCGAUACCCGUUUCUUGUCUAUCUUGUUCUUCACUUUUCUCACCAUUUUUGUUGCCAUUCUCUCUGAGGUUGUUGGGAAGGGCCAACGAUAUGUGUCCUGGAGCUUUUACAGGAAGGAAGGAGAUAAAAAAGUCUAUUACGCGGUACAUGCUGUUUAUACUGUGCUUUCGAGCUCUUCUUGCUUUCCGCGCCAGAUCAAAUUAUGUAUACCCACUUAGAUAGAACGGCAUUGUGAUCUUCUAUCAUACUAUCUCAUCUCGGCUG